AUGAUCGCCGCCAUUAGCACCGAUGAGAUAACCAAGAUUGAAGAUUUGAGGAAUAAGUAUCUUAAUAGGGUGAUGUUCUCUCGAAAUCGGUCCAGAUUUUAUGAUUGUGGGGUUUGGUUGACUCAAAUCUUCAUACCCUUUUGCUUAGUUUUUGUGUUGAUCAGUGUUAAACUUCGAGGUUAUUCACUUGUUGCUUUUGAUAUAUCAAAUUGUCUGAAGUUAGAAAAUCUUAAACAAGAAGCCCCCAACUCUUAUAAACUUGAGCUGUGUCCAAUUUCGAGGUGCAAGAAAUGGCAAAAUAGAACUGAAGAGUCACAAAUAAGAAAAACAUUAAUAUCAAGUUUUUGCCAAAUCAAAACCACCUUAGUUAUGGCUACCUUGUCACAAUCUGAGUGCAGACGAUUAUACUCUUGGUGGUGGGAUAGCCACAAUAGCCCAAAGAAUUCAAAAUGGCUUCAGGAAAAUCUUACAGAUAUAGACACCAAAGUCAAAUCAAUGAUCAAGCUCAUUGAAGAGGAAGCAGAUUCGUUUGCAAGGAGGGCAGAAAUGUACUAUAAGAAGCGUCCAGAGCUCAUGAAAUUAGUGGAGGAGUUCUACCGAGCAUACCGGGCAUUAGCAGAGCGAUACGAUCAUGCAAUGGGGGAGCUACGUCAUGCACAAAAGACAAUGCCAGAAGCAUUUCCCAACUCAACACAUUACAUUCUGAAUGAUGAUUCACCAUGCAGUUCUUUGGGCCAUGAGGCUCAAUAUCCAGGACCAGGAGUUUCUCGUCCAGUUCAUCAAUCAAAAAAUAAUGAAAGGAGUUCAGUAGAAUCUGAUGGCGAAGUUCAAACCUUAAGGGAAACCAUGUCCAAAAUGCAGUAUGACAAGGAUGCUCUCUUUGUUCAGUACCAGAAGAGUUUGGAGAAGUUUUCCAAAUUGGAAAGUGAUCUUAAUAAGGCACAGAACGAUGCUGGAAGCCUUGAUGAACGAGCGAGUAAAGCUGAAAUCGAAGUUGAAAUUUUGAAGGAAUCUCUGAGGCAGCUAAAAGCAGAGAAAGAUGCUGGUGAAAUUCAGUACAACCAGUGUCUAGAAAGUAUAGCUAGACUGGAAACAAUGUUAUCUCUGGCUCAGCUGGAAGCCAAGGGAUUUGAUAACAGAGCUGCUAGGGCAGAAAUUGAAGCCAAAAAUCUGAAGCAAGAACUUACCAGAAUGGAAGCUCAAAAAGAUACUGUUUUUCUUCCAUAUAAGCAGUGUCUUGAAAAGAUUCCAAUCUUGGAGGGCAAGAUAACUCUUGCUGAGGAGAAUUCCAAGAUGCUGAAUGAGCAAAUUGAAAGAGCAGAACUGGAAGUAAAAGCAUUGAGGAAGAAACUUUCUGAAUUGAAUGAAGAGAAAGAGUCUCUUGCUUUCCUUUACAGUCAGUGCCUGAAGAAAAUAUCUACAAUGGAGAAUGAAAUUCUGCGUGCGCAAGAAAAUGCUGAACAAUUAAAAAAAUCAAAUCAAAGUCUUCAGUUAGAGGCUGAAAAUUUAGUGCAGAAAAUAGCAUUGAAAGAUCAAGAGGUUUUAGAAAAGCAUACUGAGAUAGAGAGAUUGAAGACUCUGAUGCAUGGAGAGCAUUCUCACUUUAUUCAAAUAGAAUCAGCUCUAAAGACUCUACAGAAGUUGUACUCUCAAUCACAACAGGAGCAAAGAGAUCUUGCUUUGGAGCUUAAAUACGGGCUUAUGACGUUGAAGGACUUGGAACUUACCAAACAAGAUUUCAAGGAAGAGAUGCAAGAGAUUGUGGAAGAAAACAAGACUCUUCAUGAACUUAACUUCUCUUCCACCAGGUCAUUAAAGAAACAGCAAAUGGAAAUCUCUAAGUUGAAGGAGAUAAAAGAGAAACUUGAACGAGAGUUCUCUGUAAAUGCUGAAGAAAGCAACGCCCUCCAGCUUGAAACUAGCCAAAUAAAGGAUGAUAUACAGUACUUGAAUGAGAGAUAUCAGGCUAUGCUGGAACAACUACAGAAUUUAGGUUUGAAUCCUAAUUCUCUUGCAGCAUCUGUUAAAAAACUACAGAAUGAGAACUCAAAGCUAAAAGAGGCCUGCCAAAUGGAACAAGGUGAGAAAGAAGCUCUUCGCGAAAAAUCUAAGGAUAUGGAUGAAAUUUUGAUAGAAAAUGCCUUUAUAGAAUUUUCCCUUUUAAGACAGACUGAUGAGUUAGAUGAAUUAAGAGAAACAGUGAAGGAAAUUCAACAGUUGUGUCAAGUUCUCCGGGAAGAAAAAUCCAUUCUCAUUGAUGAGAAAGCGGCUCUACUUUCACAACUGCAAGUUAUGACUGAAAGUAUGCAGAAGCUAUUGGAGAAGAAUAGCUUGCUUGAGGAAUCCCUCUCUGAUGCGAAAAUUGAGUUCGAAGGUUUGAGGACUAAAUCAGAUGAUUUGGAAGAAUGCUGCAAAUUGCUAAAUGAUGAGAAGAACAAUCUUAUAAAUGAAAGAAGCAUGCUAAUAUCUCAAUUAAAGAUGGUUGAGGCGAAACUAAGUAACCUGGAAAAGAAGGUUACAAGUUUGGAAGAAAAAUAUGCUAAUGUAGAGAAAGACAAAGAAAGUGCAGGCAAUCAAGUAGAAGAACUCCGCCUUUCAAUUUUGGCACAAAAAGAUAAACAUUCUAAUCAUAAACACUCAAGUGAGGCCCGACUUGCAAAUUUGGAGAAUCUAGUUCGAGUACUACAGGAAGAGCAGCGGUUGGGGAAGGUAGAAUUCGAGCAAGAACUUGACAAAGCUGUAAAUGCUCAAAUUGAGAUGUUCAUCUUGCAAAAUUGUAUUGAAGAGUUGGAGCUGAAGAAUUUGUUCUUGUUAACUGAAUGUGAAAAACUUGUUGAGAUGUCUAAAUUUUCUGAUAAAAUUAUAAUGGAGUUGGAGAGUGAAAAUCUUGUGCAACUUAUUGAAGAAGAGUUUUUGCUACAUAGAAUCAGAAAGUUUAAAAUGGAUAUCCAUAAAGUGUGUGGUGUUCUUCAGAUUGAUUCAGGUGGAGGGUGUGACAGCGGAAUCAAGCAAGAGGAAAUAGCGAUAUCGCGUAUAUUGGAAAAAAUUGAGGGAUUGGAAAGUUCUCUUGUGAAAAGCGAAGAGGAGAAUCAGCAUCUGCUUGUUGAGAACUCUGUCCUCCUUGCUUCACUUCAGCAGCAUCAAUCCGAGGGAGAAAAACUUAAGUCAGAGAAAAAGAUCAUGGAGCAAGAGUUCGAGAAUAUGAGAGAGCAGAAUGCAAUCUUGCAGAAAGAUAAAGUUGAACUUCUAGAGGAGAACAGACAACUGAGGAUUAAAGUGGUAAAUGGAGAAGAAGAAAAAAAUAGAUCAAAAUCCACUUUGGUGGCUCAGCAUGCUGAGAUGACAGAUUUGCGGCGAACAAAUCAAGUGUAUCAAGAAGAAAAUGGUAAGAUGCUUGAAGAGAAAAAUUCAUUGCUCAAGAGUGUUUUGGGCCUCAGAGAUGCAAUGUCCUCUGCUGAAGAUGGAAACAAUGUAAUGUUCAAUGAGAUACUAACUCUAAGCAACCUCAACUUGGUUUAUGAGAGCUUUCUCACUGAGAAAGCCGUUGAACAACAAGCACUUUGUGAACAUCUUGGCAAUCUUAGCCAUUUGAACAAUGACCUCAACCAGGAACUUGGUGUUUUAAAGAAGAAUUUGGAGCUGAAAGAAGCAGAGAAUGCUUUUCUGAAUGAGUCAACUGAGAGGAUGGACAAAGAGCUGAUGGAAAUGGACAAAAUGCUGAAGGCUGCAGAUACGCUGAAUGCAAAGUUUUCAAGACAUAUUGAAGAGCUGAAGAUGGAACGAGAAGAUUCAAGACUGAUCAAAGAAAAUCUAGACAAGCAGAUUCUUGAACUAUCAGAAAAUUGCACGAAUCACAAAGAAGAAAUUGAACACCUUAAUGAUGCAAACGAAAAUUUACAGGCUGAGAUGAAAAGACUUUUACAUGAAGUUGAGCAACACCAGAUGUCAUCUAUUUGUGGAGCACUCUUAGAAAGCAAGGUUACCGAGCUUACUGGAGUUUGCAAGAGACUUGAUGAUGAAAGUUCUGCAAAAAGCUUGGAGAAUGAACACAUGAAAGAAAGAAUCAGUUUAUUGGAAAAUGAAAUUGGAGGACUAAAGGGGAAGUUAUCUUCAUAUGUUCCUGUAGUUUCUUCUUUAAAAGAGGAUUUUGCAUCUCUAGAGCACAUUUCCCUCCUUUGGACUAAUAGAAAUUCUGCUGUUAGCAAAGGAGCGCAAAAGGAUGUAGUAAUUGGGACUUCUCUCCAAGAACACAGUCAUCAAAGUUUAAGAGAAAGUGAAAGUGUGUUAAUACCAGAUGGAGUUUCAGAAUUGCUGACAUUGCAGACAAGGAUCAGAGCAGUAGAGAAGAUUAUGAUGGAAGAACUUAAAAGACGCGUCAGGCAGAAAAGUCUUACCACGGAAGGAACUGGAUACUCGGCUUUGGAAGUUGGCUCAUAUCCAAAAAUUGAUACCCGAAAAAAGGUGACAGAACUUAAGGAAGAGAGCAUGCUUGACCAUAAUACAUGGAGGAAAAAACCUAAAAUUAGGCUGUUAAUGAAAGACAUUCCACUUGAUCGCAAUGUGGAUGAUCGACACUCCAAGUAUUGGAAAAGAGAGCAUAGAAGGACUGAUGAUCAUAUGUUAGAGUUAUGCGAAACUAAUGAUCAUGAACCAGUAUCUGCUCCAAUCGAGGAUGUUAUAAUAUGCCAUCUUUCAGACAAUUCAGGAAGAUAUUUAAAUUACUCCUCAGAAUUGGACAUAGAGAAGGAAUUAGGUGUUGACAAGCUGGAGUUGUCGAAAACUGUAAGAGAGAAAAAUGAAGAUGACAAAAGGAGGAGGAUCUUGGAGAGACUUGUCUCGGACAGUCAGAAAUUAGCCAUUCUUAAAAUGGCUUUGCAAGACUUGAAAAAGAAAACUGAGACAAAGAAGAAAAGCAAGCAAGGAAACGACUUUGAAUAUGAAACAGUCAAAAGACAUAUAGAAGAAGUUGAGGAAGCUGUUAUGCAACAAGCAAGUACGAAUAAUCAAAUGGCAAAGAAUGUUGAAGAGGGAACUUCAUCGACUUUGGAUAGAGAGAUCCCAAUGGAACUGGAAAAAUAUGGACAUGUCGAAACAAGAAGAAUUACAGAACAGGCUCGAAGAGCUUCUGAACAAAUCGGACGGUUGCAGUUUGAGGUACAGAACAUUCAAUACAUAUUGCUGAAAUUGGCCGAGGAGAACAACAUCAAAGUGAAAAACAGAAUAUCUGGAAAAACAGGUAUAUUGCUGAGGGAGUUUAUCCAAAUUGGAAGGAUAAACAGCAAAAGGCGAAGAAAACUGCGUGUUUGUGGAUGUUCAAAGCCAUCAACUAGUGAGGACUGA